AUUCGUAUCCUACACUGGUCGAGGCCGCGACAAACAACCGCUUUGUUUAUGUGUAAACAAAAUUCGAAACGUUUUGCGCACUUUUCGGUUUGCUUAAAUAUAACAGUGACGAUACUUACCACUCAGUUGCCUGUGUAAAAGUAAAAUAUGUUGUCUAAGAGCAGAGGAGUUACAAGACUGAUAUUAAAACUUGAGGAUGCAAUAUGUAAACCUCAAGAAAUUUGUACAAGACUGAUAAGCACGCAGAAAGUUAUAGAACGGGAGAGUAAAUAUGCUGCCCAUAACUACCAUCCCUUGCCCGUGGCUCUGUGUAAAGGAGAGGGUGCUUUUGUCUGGGACGUAGAAGGAAAAAGAUACUUUGAUUACCUCAGUGGAUACUCGGCAAACAAUUUUGGCCACUGCCACCCCAAAAUAGUAGAGGCUCUUCAGAAACAAAGUGCCGUACUUCAUCACACAUCUAGAGCUUUUUAUUCUGACGUAUUUGGCGAAUAUGCGGAAAUCAUCACCAAACUUUUCGGCUAUGACAAAUUGCUACCUAUGAACACAGGCGUAGAAGCUGAUGACACGUCUUGUAAACUAGCUAGAAAAUGGGGUUACAGGAAAAAGAAUAUACCUAAGAACCAAGCUAAGAUUAUAUUCGCUAGCGAGAACUUCUGGGGAAGAUCUUUAGCUGCAAUUUCAGCGUCCACCGAUCCCUUAAGUUUCGAGGAUUACGGACCCUUCAUGCCCGGCUUUAGUUGCAUUCCGUAUAACGACUUAACUGCCCUUGAAAAAGCUCUCCAAGAUCCUCUGGUGUGCGCUUACAUGGUGGAACCCAUCCAGGGAGAGGCAGGCAUCAGAGUACCCAGUGAAGGAUACCUCAAAGGAAUCAGGCAACUAUGUGACAAAUACAAUGUCUUGUGGAUAGCGGACGAAAUUCAAACGGGGUUGGGAAGAACGGGGAAAAGACUGGCUGUGGACUACGAGGGUGUCAAGCCAGAUAUUUUGGUGCUGGGAAAAGCCCUGGGUGGUGGUGUUUAUCCCGUUUCAGCAUGUUUGGCUAAUGACGAUAUUAUGCUAGUUAUUGAACCAGGUACUCAUGGAUCAACAUUUGGGGGUAACCCCUUGGGAUCAAAGGUAGCCAUAGCCGCAUUAGAGGUUCUCGAAGAAGAAAACGUUGCCGAGAAUGCAUAUAAACUAGGUGAAAUAUUCCGGGUAGAGUUAAGAAAGAAACUUAACAAACAGAUAGUUAUAGAAGUUAGAGGAAGAGGAUUAUUAAAUGCCAUCGUUAUUAACAGAAAUUUCGCGGAUGCCUGGGACGUCUGCCUCAGACUAAAGGCGAAAGGACUCAUCGCUAAACACACCCAUGAAGACAUCAUUAGGUUUGCUCCACCACUAAUUAUAACUGAAGACCAGUUGAGAGAAUCUGUUGAUAUUAUUGUUAGAACAAUUAACAGUAUUGAGAUUGAUUGAUUCGUGUACCAGUCAUUUGUAUAUGUUUGACCAAUUGUAUAAAGUUUUUAAUAUU